ACAAAUUUUCCUUGCCCUGUUGACAGUUUGACAAGAAUGACAAGAUGCCUAUAUAGUUAUUUUGUACACGCAAAAAAAUAAAGAUUAAAUAGUGUGUACGUUUCUGUGCAUCGCAACCGGUGAAAAUGUGAUAAAUUUCUACAAUAAAAUAAUUUUUAUGUUGAAUGUGAAACGUACAUUUUAAUAAAAUGAACUUAACUGCGGGAAAUCCGUAUGAAAAUGGCUUACUUUAUGCCGGUUUUAAUCAAGAUCAGGGUUGUUUUGCUUGUGGAAUGGAAAAUGGCUACAGAGUUUACAACUGUGAUCCAUUGAAGGAGAAGGAGAGACAUGAUUUUACAGAUGGAGGACUAGGAUAUGUUGAAAUGCUUUUUAGGUGCAAUUAUUUAGCUUUGGUUGGUGGAGGUUCAAAAUCUUUAUAUCCGACUAAUAGAGUUACAAUAUGGGACGAUUUAAAGAAAUCACCGGCAAUAAAUUUAGAUUUCAAUGCUCCUGUCAAGGGGGUAAAAUUAAGAAGAGACAGAAUAGUAGUAAUUUUGGAAGGAGUUAUUAAAGUUUACACAUUCACACAAAAUCCCCAACAAUUACAUGUUUUCGAAACAAAUCCCAAUCCCAAAGGUUUGUGUGUUUUAUGCCCGAAUAGUAAUAAUUCAUUACUCGCAUUUCCUGGCCGAAAAAACGGACACGUUCAAGUUGUUGAUUUGGCAAAUACCGAGAAACAACCGUUGAAUAUCGAAGCACAUGAGACGCCCUUAUCGUGCAUAGCAUUAAACUUGCAAGGAACAAGAUUAGCUACUGCUUCUGAAAAGGGUACUUUAAUUAGAGUUUUCGACACCCAGAGUGGAAUGAAAAUUAACGAAUUAAGAAGAGGUACAAAUCACGCGAAUAUUUAUUGUAUAAAUUUUAAUCACGACUCGACAUGGAUGUGCGUUGCGAGCGAUCAUGGCACGGUGCAUGUAUUUGCUGUGGAGGAUCAAAAACUAAAUCGACAGUCAAGCUUAGCCUCAGCAACUUUCUUGCCAAAGUAUUUCAGCUCUAGUUGGAGUUUCUGUAAAUUUCAAGUUCCCGAUGGACCUCAAUGCAUGUGUGCAUUUGGAAAAGAUAGCAAUAGUAUCAUAGUCAUAUGCGCAGACGGUAGUUACUACAAAUUCGUGUUUAAUAAUAAAGGCGAGUGCACAAGAGACUUUUACGCUCAGUUUCUUGAGAUGACUGACGACAAAAUGUGAUCAGUACAUUAAAAAAAGGAAA